GCAAGGAGACAGCUGCUGCAGUGCCAACGACUCCCACAUUGGGAGUCAAUAUGCGAGUAACGGGACAAUGUAGUCAGGGUGGUCGCAAAUAUAUGGAGGAUCAAUUUUCGGUGGCGUAUCAAGAGUCGCCGCUAACCCAUGAAUUGGAAUACGCAUUUUUUUGGCAUCUAUGACGGACAUGGCGGCACCGAGGCGGCACUUUUUGCCAAGGAGCAUCUCAUGUUGGAGAUUGUGAAACAAAAACAAUUCUGGUCCGAUAACGAUGAGGAUGUGUUGCGCGCCAUACGCGAAGGCUACAUUGGCACUCAUUUUGCCAUGUGGCGGGAGCAAGAAAAAUGGCCGCGCACUGCAAACGGACAUUUAAGCACCGCUGGGACCACAGCAACGGUUGCGUUUAUGAGACGCGAAAAGAUUUACAUUGGUCAUGUGGGCGAUUCAGGCAUUGUGCUCGGCUAUCAGAAUCCCAACGAGCGUCGCUGGCGCGCAAAGCAACUGACGACAGAUCACAAGCCCGAAUCGAUGGCGGAAAAGUCACGAAUCCAACGUUCCGGCGGUCAGGUGGCCAUCAAAUCGGGUGUGCCACGCGUCGUGUGGAAUCGUCCCCGCGAUCCAAUGCAUCGUGGUCCCAUUCGCCAGCGAACUGUCGUCGAUGAUAUUCCCUUUUUGGCUGUUGCCCGUUCACUGGGGGAUCUCUGGAGUUAUAAUUCUCGGUGCAACGAGUUUGUCGUUAGUCCUGAUCCCGAUGUUAAGGUGGUCAAAAUUAAUCCCAAUACAUUCAGAUGCCUCAUAUUCGGCACAGAUGGACUAUGGAAUGUGAUAACAGCUCAGGAGGCGGUGGAUUCGGUGCGCGAGAAGCACAUUAUCGGUGAGAGCAUGCAGGAACAGGACGUGAUGAAUCCCAGCAAGGCCCUUGUGGACAAAGCCCUCAAAACGUGGGCAAGCAAAAAGAUGCGUGCCGACAACACGUCCGUGGUAACUGUGAUACUAACACCAGCAGCCGAGUCCACGGCAACGACGCCAACAACAGAGGAAGAGGAAGACGGAGAAGAGGCUGACGUAGAUGUGUUGGGUAUAGAGCCAAUGGAUACGGAGAACAAGUAUCCGAGCAGUGCUGCUGAAUUGGAGCACGAGUUGGAUUUGUGCGCCAACAUUGAGGAGAAGGAAUAUCUGCACGAGACGCCGUACAGUGCCUUGGCCAAGCGACAUUUGCCGCCGGAGCCGUAUCGCAACUUUGACUAUUACAUCGAGGACGAGUACGAGACCGAACAGGAGCAGGAACAGGAACAAGAACACGAGCAGGAUGUGGACGAUGAGAUGGAACACGUGAUGGAGCACAGUAAAUUCUGGCGCAAAUCGAUGACAACCUGGCAGCAGCAAGCAACAACAUCAACGCCAAUGCCAAUGCCAAUGCCAGCGACAUUGCGUCAUCGUCAGCAGAUGAUGGAAACGGAGCACGAAGUGACCGAGUCAUCGAUGUAUGCCAACGAAUUGGAGCACAGCUAUGAGAGUUAUGUGAGCAGUGCUGGAGUUGUGGCCACAACGGAAUAUAGCUUUGCCGAAUCGUACAAUUCGCUGCUCAAUGAACAGCAGGCGGCGCGUUCACAUCAGCAGCAACAGCAGCAGCAAUCGCAACAGCUGCAGCAACAGCAGCAGCAUCAGACAGACCAGCAGCAGCAACCAUCGCAGCAGCAGCAACAGCAGCUGCACAACAGCAGCAGCAGCAUGCAGGAAAUACUGCAGGAGCAGCAACGCUAUCAGCAACAAGAAGGCUACUCGCUCACACAGCUCGAGACGCGACACGAACAACAGCAACAACAGCAACAACAACAGCAGCAGCAGCAACAGGUUGCCAAUAGCAGCAGCAGCAGCAGAUGGCAGCAGCAGACAACAACGUAUGUGGAGCAACCGGCCGAGUUGUUGGCGUUGAAUGCCUUGUUGCAGCAGGAGCGCGAUGAGGAGCAACAGUUGGCGUUGGAGCGCGAACAACAACAGCAACGCGAGCAGCAACUGUUGCUGGUUGAAGCCAGCUCGAGUUCGAGCUCAUCGCAGCCAGAGUUUGUGUAUGCGCCACCUUGGAGCGACAAUGUGGCAACGUUGCAGGAUAACGAAGUGAGCUCUACACUGCCUGCCACGCCCACGCCAACGCCCCUGGCGAGCAGCAGCAACGAAAUGGAGCAAGAGCCGGAGUCGGAUGAAAACAAAACGCAGCCAUGCAACGCUGUGGAGCAGCAGCAACCACAGCAGCAACUGUUGCAAGCGCCACAGCAGCAGCAGCAGUUGCCGUUGCAACAGCAGCAGCAACAACAGUUGCACAGCGAACCAAAGCUGAGGCGGCAAAUGCGUCGCUAUCGCAAUGUGCCCAAUGAGAAUCAUCAGCACAUGCAAACGCGACGUCGGCAAUUGUUUAAGCACAGCAGCAGCAAAAGCAAAUCGUUUAUUAGCGCCGCGGCAGCUGCAAUUAUUGCCUACAACAACAACAACAACAACAACAACAACAACAACAGCAGCAGCAACAACACUGAAACAUCGCCGCAUUGCAGCAGCAGUCACAACAACAAUAAUAACAACAGCAGCAGCAGCAGCAACAUCAACAGCAACAACAACGCUGGCAACAACAGCAACACAGCCAAUGGCAGCAGCAGCAGCAACAGUCGCCGACGCAGCGUUGUGAGCAGCGGCAGCAGCAGCGGCGGCGGCGGCAGCGGCGUUAUGAUGACGCGUCGCAGUCACAGCGUCGGUUUGGCCAACGGCGGCGUCGGCAGCGUUAACAAGCGUCAGCUGCGCAGCAGCAUCUGUCAGUUGGCGCAGCUGGGCAACUUGGAUUUGACCAAACGAACGCUGCGCACGCGCAAUGCGACCUCAGUUGCUAACAACAACGUCGCCGCCAGCCCCAGCAGCAGUAGCAGCAACAGCAACAACAACAAGAAGAACGAUAGCCCCAGCAGCAACAACAACAACAACAAUGGUAAAGUCAAUGGCAAAGCUAGUCACACUUUUAACAAGCCGGCAACGCCAACAACAACAUCGACGACGUCGGCGCAGGCAGCGAGCGCGCGUCGACUGCGACGCAGCAACGAAGAGCGCGAGCAGCGACGCAGCUUGCGACGCAGCACAUUGAGUGCCGGCAACAGCGAUAGCGGCAGCAGCGUCGGCAGCGGCAGCAGCAGCGGCAGCGGCAGCGGCAUCAGUCAGUUCAGCAAACCGACGCGUCUGCAAUCGUGCAGCGGCGGCAUUGCAGCUCGACCGCCGCCGUCGCCAAAGAAAUUGAAUGCCGUUAUACCGACCCUGGCGAUUGGAACGCGCGCCUACACGGCAGCGAUGGCAGCAGCAUCCGAUUUGACCAAGCGUUGGUCGCUGCGCAGCAGCAGCAGCAACACCAACACCAGCACCACCAACAACAACAACAACAGCAGCAGUGAAAUGGCAUCGCUUGUCACAGCCAUCAGCUGUUAUAGUGCUCGCAGUCGAACAGCGGCAGCGGCAGCAGCUGCGCAGCCGCGCCGACGCUGAGAGCAGCGAGAGCGAAAAGAGAGAGAGAGAGCGCCAACCAAGAUACGAGGGCUGGAGAGUUGUCGUUUUUUUGGGGCGAUUCAAAAUUUCAAGUACAAAUUGCUAAACAAAAACAAAAAGAAGAAAUCAAAUAGUUUAGAUGAAAGUGCGAAGUGAGAACAAAACAAUGAUUGGUUCAAACUAUUGUUAUUGUAUUUGUAACAAACAACAAAAAAAAAAACCAAAA